GUCACAAGGCGGUUAUCUGCUGUCUAACCGUGGCAUAAAACGCGUCAGCCUUGAGUUUUGUAUUUCGCUCUUAGUUUUACUCCCUUAAAAUUAAUUCGGCAUAAAUGGACGACGAAGAACUUUCGGGGGCUCAGCUUUUGGCAGAAGCUCUGCGCACACAGAAUGUUAAAUACAUAUUUGGCAUCGUUGGAGUUCCUGUAAUGGAAAUUGCAAUGGCUGCACAAGCAGCUGGAAUUAAAUAUAUUGGAAUGAGAAAUGAACAAGCGGCAUGUUAUGCUGCAUCAGCAGUUGGCUUUCUAACUGGAAGACCAGGAGUCUGCCUUGUUGUCUCAGGUCCAGGUCUUAUUCAUGCCUUAGGAGGAAUGGCAAAUGCUAAUAUGAAUUGCUGGCCUGUAGUAGUUGUUGGUGGCUCCUCCGAUCAAAAUCAAGAGACAAUGGGAGCUUUUCAGGAGUUCCCACAGGUUGAAGCCUGUAGGAUGUACAGUAAAUUCUCUGCAAGACCAAGCUGUUUGGAAGCUAUUCCUAUAGUUGUGGAAAAGGCAGUUAGAGCCAGCAUUUAUGGAAGGCCUGGUGCAUGUUACAUUGACAUUCCCGGAAACAUGGUAAAUGCUAAAGUAAACAAAAUAAAAGUGCGGAAAAUAUCUUGCUGCCUUCCACCACCUGUAAGUUUGGCUGAAUCUCAUGCUGUGUGUAAUGCAGUAUCAAUUCUCAAACAAUCUAGAAGACCUCUUCUCAUCAUUGGCAAAGGAGCCGCUUAUUCCAAAGCUGAUGCGAAUAUCAGAGAGUUGGUUAAUGUAUGUGGAUUUCCAUUCUUGCCCACUCCCAUGGGCAAAGGAGUUGUGCCAGAUGAUCAUCCAAAUUGUGUCUCUGCAGCACGGUCCAGGGCCCUACAGAAUGCAGAUGUAGUCCUUCUGCUUGGUGCCAGGUUAAACUGGAUUCUUCAUUUUGGCCUUCCACCAAGAUUUAGUCCAGAUGUGAAGAUCAUACAGGUGGAUAUUUAUGCUGAGGAGCUUGGAAACAAUGUUAAGCCUGCUGUUGCAUUACUUGGUGAUAUAAAUGCAGUGGUCGAUCAGCUUUUAGGUUAUCUCAAACAUGACACGUGGACAUAUCCAUUAAAUACACAGUGGUGGAAAAUGUUAAAAGAGAAAAUUAAAAGCAACGAAAACACCUCUAAGGUACUUGCUCUAGAAAAGUCUGUGCCAAUGAACUAUUACACUGUGUUUUACUGUGUCCGAGAGUUGUUGCCAAAGAACUGUAUAAUAGUCAGUGAGGGAGCUAAUACCAUGGACAUUGGACGUACCAUUCUCAACAACAGCUUUCCACGCCACAGGCUGGAUGCUGGUACCUUUGGCACAAUGGGUGUGGGUCUUGGAUUUGCUAUUGCUUCAGCAGUCGUUGCAAAACAACAAAACACACCUGAGCGUGUAGUUUGUAUCCAGGGUGACAGUGCCUUUGGAUUUUCUGGCAUGGAAGUAGAAACAAUAUGCAGGUAUAAACUACCAAUAAUCAUCAUUAUUGUGAAUAAUAAUGGAAUCUACAGUGGAUUAGAUGAAGACAGUUGGAAAGAGAUGGAAAAAAUAGGAGACCUUGAAACCAUAGCUCCACCAGUUUCCCUACUACCUAAUGCUCAUUAUGAACAAGUGAUGUCUGCAUUUGGUGGAAAAGGGUAUUUUGUUCGAACACCAGAUGAGCUGCACAGGGCUCUUGAAGAAAGUCUGAAUUGUGAAACGCCUUCUCUUAUAAAUAUCAUGAUUAAUCCGUCAUCAGAUAGAAAACCACAGGACUUUCACUGGUUGACCCGUUCAAAUCUAUGAAUUUAAGGACGUGCCAUUCUUUGUAAAGCACUGAACCUGCAAUUUGAAUUUUUUAUGAUUUUUUUAAUUACAAAUAUAUAUAAAAAAAUUACAUAUAUAACUGUAAUUAAUUGUUUACAUUGCUUUCUAUUUUCCUUUGUGUUGCCUCAUAGUAAAUGGGAUACCCUCCUUACAUAUUUGCAAUAAAGUCAUUUUUGCUGUAUAUUGAAGCAAUUUGAAUUUGAAAUGAAAACUUGAAUACUAUGAUUAUUAUUUCA